GAGAAGGAGAAAGUUGUCAGCAAAAAAAGUUAAGAUAUUUCUGGAAAGACAUCUUGGCAAAGUUCACCUCCCAGCAGAUAUCAAGGUACAGCCAAUGAAAAGCAGUGCCCAUAAGCCUGAAUCCCCCUCAUGCAGCCGUAGUAGGGAAUCACCAGCAGAUUUCGCCUGGGACAUGUGAUCAGGGUAUUAUUCACGAAUGAGCUAAAAUGACUGUGAAAUUGCUCUCUGUUUGGCCUUUGCCAUUUGUCCUCUUGACUUUCUGCCUUGCCAGAGUGGGUGGACAGGAAAGAAUGGCAAUUUCUCAAGCCUCCAAUUUAUCCUGUGUGGACCCAGAUCAUUUGUAUGAUCAUACCAUUUGGAUCCGACAAGAGUCUGUUAAUCAUUUGUUCUGCCCUUUGGAUAAUCAGAGCCUCCGGCUACUUCAGUCUGCCUCUGACUUCAGUGUCCAGUGGAGCAAAGAUUGCCACCAGCUUAACCUCUCCUCCUCAGGCCACCUGCGUAGCACGCUGCAGAAUACAACUGCAUACCUCACCUUUGAGCACCCAAGGGCGAACGAUGCAGGCAACUACACCUGUACCCUCUACUUGAAUAAUCAAAGAAAUAUCUCCUUUACUAUUCAGCUGGACAUGGCAGAUCUUUGCAGUAUGCUUCCCCACUUCCUUUAUCCCUCUAGCAAUCUGACUAUGGAGCAAGCUUUGGAAAGUCAAAUAACACUGAACUGCACUGUGCAGCUGCCUUUCAGUAACAACUGUGAUCUUGACCUGCACUGGAUGAAAGAUAAUCAGUUGUUAGACAAUAAAACUCAUCCUUCUUAUACUCAGUGGUUCAGUGACAAUGAAACCAAAAUAUUUAUCUCCAGUGCUUUAGCACUAAACAUGACUUCAGAUGAAAAUUAUGGAGUUUUUGCCUGCUUCAUUAGAAAUAGUACAGCACUUUUUACACUGAAAAAAACAGAUGAGACUGCUGGGCAUUUGGGUGCAGUGCUAGCUGCAUUUUUUGCUGUAGCACUCCUGCUGUUCAUAGCUGUAAUGUAUGUGAAGUGCCGACUGAAUGUCCUGCUCUGGUAUCGGAAUCAUUAUGGAGAAGUAGAAAUCAAUGAUGGAAAAAUUUAUGAUGCAUAUGUGUCUUACACUGAUUCAGUGGAUGAUAGAAAAUUUGUGAAUUUUAUAGUGAAGCCACAGCUAGAGAAUCGCUAUGGUUACAAGCUCUUUUUAGAUGAUAAGGACAUUCUGCCCAACUCAGAACCUUCUGCAGAUCUGAUUAUGAAUGUUAGCCGGUGUCGACGCCUUAUUGUGGUUCUUUCUUAUCCAUACCUGGAACAGGAAUGGUGCAAUAAUAAUUUCAGGGAAGGUCUUUGGAGACUGCUGGAACUCUCCCGGAAGCCAAUCUUCAUUGCCUUUGAGAGCCAAUAUCGAGAAAUAGCACAUCCAGCCAUUAAUUUGUUAAAGCAGCACAAGAGCAAUGUGACCUUGUUGAUGUGGCAUGCUGGUUCCAUGGCAAUUUCAUCAGAUUUCUGGAAGGAGCUGUGCCUCUCCCUGCCACGGAAAGUAUCAUAUCAAAGCCUCAGGGGAGAUCCCCAAACCUAUCUCCAGGAAGACAAGGAUCCAAUGCUGAUUCUGCAUAGCAACUAUCCAGAAUUCCAGGGGGAUUCCCAUCCUGAAGGAGACAUUGUCGUCCGGGGACCCGUUAUCAAAGGCCCACCACCACCUCGUAUGAUUGGUCCUGAUGGUCCAUGUCUUGGGGCAAUGGAAGAAGUACAGCUUGAGGAAAACCAGAAGAGUGAGAUAGACAUUUCUGACCUGGGAUCUCGCAACUAUGAAGCAAGGACAGACUUUUACUGCCUAGUGACAGAAGAUGAUAUAUAAGGACUGCUAAGAUAUUCCUGUGAAAAUGAGAGUUUUUAUUAGCAUGGUAUUCCUUGACAAGGAUAAUAUACUUGAUUAGUCUGUUUAAUCCAGAAUGACCCAUGAAGUGCUACAGAACUCUGACCUGAUCUUAAUACUUUUCAACAUGUUUAUCACUAACUUAGAUGAAAGGUAGCAGCGGAAGAAAUGUUCAGAUGAUACAAAACUGGAAGGAGUAGCUAAGACUUUAGGAGAUAAGAAUAAAACAGCUCUGUUGGGCACAGGGCAGUUAGAUAAGGUGGCCUCUGAACCCCCUACAUGAUUCUAUAAGCAUUCACCAUCAGGAAGCAUGCAAAGUUUCUGGGAACAUCUGGUUAUCUUGUACACAAUAGUGCCAUACAAUUUCAGAUGAUGAUCUUGCAUCAGAUUACCAUGUUGGGAUUUAUCUAAGCAGGUUUGGCAAGCUUUUCAGUUACUGCUAACUCUCCAGGUAAGUUUUGAUAUAUGAGAAGUGAACAUUAAUAGCUAAACGUUAUUAGUGUAAUUGAAAUUAUAAAGGGAAAUAUCAACACUAAGGAGAUCUGAGACUCCAUUCUUGCUAGAAAAAUGCAAAGAAUGGCAGGUUUCUAAAUGAAAAAGCUUUGAUUUUCUUUGGAAGAAAAUUUCAAGACACCCACUUGUACUUAUUUCCAUGUACAUUUGAAAAUGCAGACUUAGUAUAUGCUAUACUAAUGGAUGCAGACCUGCAUAGAUUUUUAGGCUGAUAGAAUACUAUUGCUAUUUAUUGUUUAUAUAGUGCUAUCUAAGUAGAUGAUGGCAUUCUUUAUUGGGCUUUUUGCAAGUUGUAAUUGCAACACAUCUGGAGGACAUUAGAUUAGUUUCACUGCAGGUUGGUUUCAUUUCUCAAGCAUUGUUAGUCUAUGAUAGCCAAAAAUUAGAAGGUGUCUGGUACCACCUUUUCAGAUGAACACAUUGUAUUAAGGCAUACUGUAAUCUUUAAUAAGCUAAAGGUCACAUCAUCAGAUGCAUGGAAUGACUAAGGUGAUGUAGGAUUUAAAUUGGGAUGAGGCAAGGGAGAAGAGAGGGAAUGACAGUGUGGUUAUGCAGAUGCAGCUUACAGGUAAGAUAGAUUGCAAGUACCUUAUCAAAACCAUUAUGUUUGUUGGGAUCUUUGAAGGCAACCUGAACUAUUUCAAUGUGUGUGAGUUCAGACAUCUCUUGCUCACACUGGUAAAGUUCCUUUUUUUCCAAG